AUGCCCGUACUCGGUAACCUUCUCUCUCUCGACCCACAACUCCACUCCUACUUCGCCCGCCUAGCCCACACCUAUGGCCCAAUCUUCAAGCUCCGCCUCGGCGCCAUGACCUGCAUCGUCAUCAACUCCCCUUCCUCCGUCCGCGAGGUCCUCAAAGACCGUGACGUUACCUUCGCCAACCGUGACGUCCCCGUAGCGGCCCGGAUCGCCUUCUACGGAGGGGCCGACGUCGUGUGGACCCCGCACGGGCUGGAGUGGCGGAUGCUGAGAAAGGUCUCCAUCCUGAAGAUGCUCGGCGGCGCCGCGCUGGACUCGUUCCAAUCGAUCCGCCAAAACCAGGUCCGAAAGACGGUCGGGUAA